UCAGCAGCCUUGCCAAAUUGCUUUGGCAAACGAGAGUUUGUUCAGCUAAAUGCAGAAAGUGUCUGAGGCAGGAUUUGAACCAGAUCGUCUUUAAUCUGAGAGUAGCACUCUAGCCACUACCCACGCUGAUGCACUUUAUCGGAAAACACAACUUGAAAGGCUUAUUUCUACUCGAAUUUCUGGGAGCCACAGCGAUAGUUCUGUGUUAUAAUCCAGUCUUGUCCUGAGAUUAGCAGCUCUGCAGGACAACAUAUUUUGCUAAAUCAUCCUGUAAGGCAAGCCCAAAGUGUGAUUUGUCACCCCAUUCCAAUCUCCCGGACCCUUUGAGGGGGUGGAACGGAGCUUUGCCAAGAGCCACAGCCCAGUUGAAAGGGAUAAUCUCGUGGGUAACUUCAAUAACAACCCCGAGGUGUUGCCAAGUCAUGGUAUUUGUCACACCUGCCAAAACAGAAGUUUGCAUGCUCGGAGGUGAGGUGGUGGGAGCGGCGGAUGGGAUUUGGUCCUAGCCACGCACCUCUCCCUCACAGGGAAGACGGGAUGUUCUAGAGCCAGCCUACUCCAAUCAAGCUACUCAUUUGGCUCAAAUAGCCUUGUUCCACUGAAGGAUUUAUGUAACCCCUCCGCCCCGAAUAUAAAGGGCUGAAAUGGUGAGCUUUCACCAUCGCUCCUGCUGACCUCACUAGUCCCUCAGUACAGAAGAAACUAGAGCCGCACUUAGAGCACUCAUUCAACUUUGCACCCAUCAAGACCCAAUUUGGAAGCCACAUUCAGCAGAAAGUUCUUCAGAAUGAAGCAAUGAGUUGUAUGGGAUUGAGAAAAAGGAAGUAAGGAUAUUUGUCUGAGUUGAGAAAAUGAAUAAUCAAUACAUCCGAAGGGAAGUCUUUUGCUGUGAAACCUGUCAUGAUCUUAAAAGCUUCUGGGAGAAAGAAAUUGGCAAACAAACUUGCUAUCGGGAACUGGAAGAAGACCGUCAGGGAAGAAGUGCCCUGACAAAGCUCAGAGAUGAAUGGAAGCAAAUGUUGGAAAGAAGGUUAAAGAUGCUGGACAAUCCUGAUGAGAAUGAAAAAUCCACCAAUGUUCACUGAGAGCUUCCUGCAUUGGAGAAAAUAAGGAACUGAAAUCACUUUUCUGGGGGAAUCCAAUGCAAAUGCUUGAAUUACUUUGAUUUACUAAAUGGAAUGAAUAUUUGUUGUCCCAUUUGAGAGGGGAUUAGAAUGGGAAACCUCUUCCAGUGUUAAUGGGGACUAUUAACCAACCUAAUAUUCUGUGUAUCCAUAACCUCCAAUCUAUCAAAAAGCUCCAGACUUAACUAAUAUAGGCAGUGCUCUGGAUUAGCACCAUAUAAAAGUUUCAGACAUCUAGGCGCCAGAAUUCAUUUCCAUAUCAUUAUCCAUCCCCUCAUUUUAAAAUCUAAAUCCUUUACAUUUCAAGAACACCUAGAUGCCUGAUAUCAGUGGUAACAUCCCUAACAAUAGAAUAUAAUUCUGCUUUGCCAUUUCUCCUGGAAAAUUAGAUUCUUAAGAUAAUCUUUCUUCCUUUCAUCCUCUUCUUUUCUUUCUUUGGUGAAUACAGGAAGCUACCAACUGCACAAACUAUUACAAAUUCAUUAAAAAUGUAGCUAGAAUAUAAAUCAA